AUGCCAUUCUUCAAAGAGCUGCGCCGUCGGUCGAAGGCCAGCUUUCGAACCAAUGCCUCCGGGGAGUCUCACAAUGGUGACGUGACUUCGGGCAAAUCCUCCUCCACGCUUGACACCACCUACAGUACCCCGCCAUCGUCCAUCAAGCGCAAUUUAUCAACCCCAAAUCUCCCAGCCUUGAACAAAUCAAACGGCACCUUGAAUGGAUCGACUACCCCGGUGCAGUCGCUCCCACCUCAGCGACCGGUGCCCAUCACUUCUCAGUCAAACAGGAACAGCUUCUUCGCGGCCAACGGUUCCCCAGUCAAUGGAUCCAGAACCCCUCCCGCGACAUCUCCAUACGCACCUCGAAUCCUUUCUAUUUCCGAUAACUCGUGGGUGCACCAAAAGGUCCUUCUGGUCUAUGGCCAAAUUGGAGACCCAAAUCAACAUCCGCUGGACGGAACCUUGACGGUCUUCCAUAACCAAGAUAGCUUCCCUUCGACCACGUGGCCCGUCUCCGAGUCGCACUUUAAGGCUCUGGUUCAUCUCGUUCCCGGUCCGAACCGAUUACGAUUUGAUUUCUCGUCCCCCAAAUUAUCUUCUGGGAGCGCAGCCUCCAGCCACACAUCCUGGAUCAGCAUCAAUUACCUUCCUUUGGCAAAUGUCCCGCCCCUCGACCUAGUGAUCCUUCUCGGAAAGGAUUCAGAAGGGACCUUCGAUGCGGUUCCCGAACGCGUCCGGCGAGAAGGAAACGGCCUUGACACUGCGAUCCGGAAGUAUCGAAUGGCCGCUUACCUCUGGCAGGCUUUUACUGGCGAGCAGAUGUUCCGGAACGGUUUUGGCAGACGCUGUUUCCGGUUCGAAGAAGAAUGGCAGACUGGCACCCUCAGUCAGCGGGACACUCUCGCUGGACAGAUGAGGAAUGAAGCUAAGAUCCAUAUUGUCCGGUCAGAGAAGACCGUAGCCGAGCUCCGAGAUUUGAACAUCGCCCAGCAGUACGGACCCGCUACUAAGAAAAAUGAGCUCUUCAACAUCGCUAUGAAAGCGGUGAAGGAUUACUUCCGACCGCAUGCCGAUCAGAAACGGUAUGUGGCCGUGCUCCUUCUCGACUCUCAUUGGGAUACGGCCUCGCAGACGAUCACCGGCCAUGCCGCUCUGGGUUCGAGCAGUGAUAAUGUGAAGAUGGCCAUUUUUGGUUCUCAUAGCCUCCAGAGUUACCCUUCUUGUUUGGAAGAGGUGGUCCCUGCCUUUACGGACUGCACGAGAACCGAUGCUCGAUACGUCGGAAACGACUGCGGGGAAUCAGGGAGCAACUGGGAAGCCGCCAACAUCGGUAUCGGUGCUCACCUCCACGAGGUGGGCCACCUGUUCGGGUGUCCGCACCAGGAAUCCGGCAUCAUGCUGCGCGACUACGUCCGGCUGAAUCGAACCUUUAUCACUCGAGAGUCGUAUUCAACUCGCACCAAAUCACCGGGCCUCAAGUUGUGCUUGCCGUCCGAUGAAUGUGGAUGGCAUCGACUGGACGCCCUCCGGUUCCGAUUCCAUCCCUGUUUCCGCUUGCCUAGUGACCCUCCCGCUCCGUCAGACGACAGCGUCCAGGUAUGGCCCGUGGACAACGGGAAGAUACUCAUCACGGCAUCGUCUGGGGUAGCCUUUAUUGAAAUCUAUGCCGAAGGGGAUGAAACCUGCCAUAGCUUUAUCGAAUUCGUCAAUGCUGAGUCGCCCAACAGUGGAGUUCCGCGACAGGUGACGGUGACAGAAAGCGAGCUACGGCAACAACUACCCGCUGAGAAACAAAAGAAGAAAGUCAGGCUUGAGAUCUUUUCCGGAGGUCUCGGCAGUCACACGGUCCCCGACCUCAGCUCGUUAAGGUCGAAACAGUCCCUAGUGAAGCUCCCGAAAGGUCAGACGGGCUACAAGGGCAGCAUGUUGGGCUUUUCGCAGUUGGAGGGCAGUCAACCAGAGCAGGUUAUUCUGGAGAGUGCGUUCAUUCAAACUAAACUGUUGACUUCCAUCAAAGUGUAUCAUGGUGAGGCGCUUGAUGGGUUGGAAUUUUGCUACGAGGAUGCCACGAGCCAGCUUUUCGGCAAGCGUGGCGGGAAGCCGGGAGGCGACGAAUUUGUCUUUGAUACGCGACGGGGAGAGAACUUGUUGGGCUUCUAUGUCCGGGCUGGUGCUUGGAUUGAUGGGAUCGAAAUCCUUACUAGCCUGGGGCGGAAGUCAGGCGUAUAUGGAAAUGCGAAGGGAGGAUCAGGGUACGUACCACAAUUUAUUGUUGCACCUGAUCGUGGUGUUUAA